AACCCCAUUUUAGUAAAAGCUAUUGGAGAAGAAAGAGGACCAAUCGGGGGGCGGAAGGUGAUUUGCUAAAGCGGCUUCGAAGCAGAAUCGUUUGAUAAUGGGUAGCGAAGAAGAAAGCGCAGUGAAAGAACCGUUGGAUCUCAUCAGACUCAGUCUCGAUGAACGUAUUUAUGUGAAGCUUCGUUCCGACCGUGAACUCCGUGGGAAACUUCAUGCUUAUGAUCAGCACUUGAAUAUGAUUCUUGGGGACGUGGAAGAAAUAGUCACCACUGUUGAAAUUGAUGAUGAAACUUAUGAGGAAAUUGUCAGGACCUCAAGGCGCACAGUUCCAUUUCUAUUUGUAAGGGGAGAUGGUGUCAUAUUAGUUUCUCCACCCCUGAGAACAGCUUGACUUGAAUGAAGGAGGAGGGAGAGCCAUUUACAAACCAUUCCACCUCUCUAGGUCUAAUUUGUGUCGGGUUUUAUAACUUUUCAGGAUUCCAGUUUCUUGAUGUGUUCAUUUUGCCAAAAACAAAUUAGAUUUUCUUAUGUUGAAAACUUCUUGAGUUGUCAUUUCUUGUAAUAUGUCUGAUGAUGAAUUUCAUUACUUGAUAAUGCAGUGGAUAUUAUUGUUAUUAUUAUAUACCC